AAGAAAAUGGCGACAAACGAUCCUCAAAACGAUACGACGGAGUUGGCGUGUGUCGAGGAGAGCCUGAUGAGCUUAGAAAAAUUAGAUCGUGCCUCGCCCGAUUUAUGGCCAGAACAAAGUGAGCUUCAUAUAGAGUUUUAUCAAGUUCCAGGGGUGAACGAGUUCAUUGCCCAGAAUCUACCACCGACAGACCAGGCUUCGUGGUCUACUGCAUUGACGUCCGAUGACAUUAAUCAAUUACAUCAGCUCGGAAAUUUGACAGUAACCGGUUUAAUCGCCGAGGUGAAGAAGCUCCAUGACGAAGCCUAUCAGCUUGGAUUGGAAGAAGCCAAAGAGAUGACGAGAGGAAAAUACCUGAAUAUAUUUAAGAACAACAAGUAGCAAGUACCCUCCCACCUUACCCCAUAAGAAAAAUAUUUUUUCUAUUAAAAAACUGAUUAAAACACUUUCAUGAGUUUUCUGCAAUCCACCUCGCGUAUUUCUGGACAUUGACGAAGACAGAGGGUGAAUUUUUGUUGGUCUCACACGUCACACCAAAAGACAAAAUUCCGAUCUGCAGAGAACGAAACAUAUGAUUAAUUUAUGUAAAAAAUAGAUAUAAGGAAUAAAAUGAAACCAUUUUUGAAA